AUGUAUCCAAACCCACAUGAACAAUCACAUCCACUGUUACUGAAAGUUCAAGAAGAUGAAAAGCCACGAGAAACAGCAUAUGAGUCGUCGGAAAAGAUAGUGGUGGUUGGGAUUGACGAGUCAGUAAACUGUGGCACAGAAGUGCCGCCAUUUUCAUGGAAGAAGCUGUGGCUAUUCACGGGUCCUGGAUUUUUGAUGAGUAUAGGUUUUUUGGAUCCGGGGAAUAUAGAAGGAGACCUUCAAGCUGGUGCCAUUGCCGGGUAUUCUUUGUUGUGGCUUCUUAUGUGGGCUACGGCAAUGGGGCUUUUGAUUCAGCUUUUGUCGGCGAGGCUUGGUGUGGCUACAGGGAAGCAUUUGGCUGAGGUUUGUAGGGAGGAGUAUCCUAGAUGGGCUAGGAAUGUGCUUUGGGUUAUGGCUGAGUUUGCUCUUAUUGGUUCUGAUAUACAAGAGGUUAUUGGGAGUGCUAUUGCUAUUAGGAUUCUUAGUAAUGGGUUUGUUCCUCUUUGGGGUGGUGUUGUUAUUACUGCUCUUGAUUGUUUUAUUCUUCUCUUACUUGAGAACUAUGGUGUGAGAUCAUUGGAAGCUUUUUUUGCUGUACUCAUUGGCAUAAUGGCACUAUCUUUUGCUUGGAUGUUUGGUGAGGCAAAGCCAAGUGCCAAGGAACUUUUAGUAGGCAUUUUGGUUCCAAGACUAAGUUCCAGAACCAUACAACAAGCUGUUGGAGUUGUAGGCUGUCUUAUAAUGCCUCACAAUGUAUUCUUGCAUUCCGCCCUUGUUCAAUCGCGGAAAGUUGAUCACACCAACAAAGGCCGGGUUCAAGAAGCGCUUAACUAUUACUCAAUAGAGUCUACACUUGCCUUGAUAGUCUCCUUUGUCAUUAACAUACUCGUAACCUCCGUGUUCGCGAAAGGGUUUUAUGGUUCCGAAAUGGCAAACAGUAUCGGCCUUGAAAACGCAGGACAGUAUCUUCAACAGACUUAUGGAGGCGGAGUUCUUCCAAUAUUGUACAUAUGGGGUAUCGGAUUGUUAGCAGCCGGUCAAAGUAGUACUAUAACUGGUACUUACGCCGGACAAUUCAUCAUGGGAGGUUUUCUUAAUUUAAGGUUGAAGAAAUGGCUGAGGGCGUUGAUUACUCGGAGUUUCGCAAUCAUUCCAACCAUGAUGGUUGCUCUUUGGUUUGAUACUUCAGAGGAUUCACUAGAUGUUCUGAAUGAGUGGCUUAAUGUACUUCAGUCAGUUCAAAUUCCAUUUGCACUUAUUCCUUUACUUUGUUUGGUGUCAAAGGAACAGAUCAUGGGCACUUUCAAAAUCGGCACUGUCCUCAAGGUUAUUUCUUGGUGUGUGGCUGCUCUUGUGACAGUGAUUAACGGUUAUCUGUUGCUGGAAUUCUUCUCAUCUGAAGUGAAUGGAAUAAUAGUUGGUGCUAUAGUGUGUGUAGUAACUGCUGCAUAUGUUGCAUUCAUCAUAUAUCUUAUUUUGCGCGCAACUACAUUCUCCGUUUGGCAAAGUCUAACUCGGCCACGACCAAAGGCAUAA